CUUCUAUAUCCUGAGUUCCCUACAUAUUAAAAACCGCCUAAUUUGAUGUCAUCGCUGUCAUUUUUAAGUCAAUAUUAACCUGUGAUAUCAACAUUAUUCUGAGUUUUAACAAAUAGUUUGUAAGAAAAAGCAAACGAAGUAAAAGUAACAAGUAUAUAAUAAAAUACGAAUUAAUUUGAUAGGGAACCCAAAACUAUCAGUUCUAAAACUAUCACAGUUUGUUAUCAUUGUUAAUAUCGUUUACUUGUGCCUUUUAGACAAAAUAAAUUAAAAAAAAAAAUACUAUAUGUUUAACAUCUCUAAUUAAAUAUAAUAAAUAACACUUUAAAAUGGUAUUAAAACGAGGAGCAUUAAUUGUUAUUGAAGGAGUUGACAGGACCGGUAAAACUACGCAGUGUAAUAAAAUAGUUGAAAGUUUGAAAAACAAAAACAUAAAUGCAGAAUAUAAAAACUUCCCCAAUCGUACAACAGAGAUUGGAAAUGUUAUCAACAGUUAUUUGAAAUCGAUGAAUGAAUUAUCUGAUGAAGCAAUUCAUCUGCUGUUCUCAGCGAAUCGUUGGGAAAAUGCAAAUUACAUUAUAAAAAUGUUAAAAGCAGGUACCACUAUUAUCGUGGACAGAUAUUGCUAUUCUGGAGUUGCAUUUAGUGCAGCGAAAGGAUUGGAUGUAAAUUGGUGCAAAGCUCCUGAUUCAGGGCUACCAAAACCAGACAAAGUAUUUUUCCUUAACUUGCCACUGGAGGCGGUUCAGAGGAGAAAUGGUUUUGGUAAUGAAAGGUAUGAGGUAUUUGAUUUCCAGAAAAAAGUAUUUGAUGCGUAUAUGCAGCUUAAAGAAGAGAACUGGGAAAUCUUAGAUGCAAGCAGAUCAAUGGACACUAUACAAGAGGAAUUAAUGCAGAAGACGUUGUCAGUCAUUGAGGAUGUAAAGAACAGUCCCAUUGGAAAAAUAUGGGUUUAAAAAAUUGGUAUGACGGUUAUGGACAAGGACUGCAUAAUUUAAGUGACCGCACUAAAUCAACAAAUGAGUAUUCAACAAUACAGUACAAAUCAACAGUAUUUUAAGUUAGGGUUAAUCUUAAUUAUGUACUUCAUAUCAUCAAUUAGCCAUUGCUUUUAAGAGAAUAUUUCAUUUCAUAAUUACAGAUUACACUGUUCAUAAACCAACAGAAAAAACUUAAAAAUUUGUCUUGUCUUUUUCUUAGGAUGGUUUUGAUGGAAACAUUUUUAGAAACUGACUAGCUGAUUAGCUUAUUUAAAUUUGCAGCUCCGUAUUAUUUAUAAAAAUAACAGUUUACAAUGAAAUCAUUAUAAUAAUUAAAAUGAAACAA